AUGGAGAUCCCCGGCACCGACAGACGAGACGAUAAGGAGGAACCAAUUGACAACCUCACGCUUGAGCAGCAGCUUUUCGGUGCCGCUCCACGAAUGGUGAACGUUCCAGAAGGCGCGAUUGAUCUGUUUCCCCAAAAGAUCGGUCCAAGAAUACUCCAUCUGCCCGACACCAAGCGAAUUCUUAAAGCAGGUCCGACAGUAAAAAUGUCAGAAGCGGAGGCUAUGAGGCUGAUCGCGUGCGAAACGAGCAUACCUGUUCCCAAGGUACACGACUCUUACACCAUAGAUGGCGUUGGCUACAUUCUGAUGGACCACGUCGAAGGCAAGGUAUUAGGUGAUUGCUGGGGCACCAUGACCACGGAGCGCCAGGAUGCCGUAGUCUCGCAGCUUAGAAGUUACAUGACAGAAUUACGCUCCCUAUCCGGAAGUUUCUACGGCGCACUCUGGAACCAGCCGUGCGAAGACGUUUUCUUCUCGCAUUUUCCAUUCCAAAAGGACGCUGUUUCCUAUGGCCCUUAUGCAUCCCGCGCGGAGUAUAAUCAGGGAUUACUCGAUGCGCUUGCGAAUUCCUCUCCGCACGGCAUACUCGACGAAGAUAAUGCAGAUCUUGCUACGAGAUUGUUGAAGAGGACUGACGAGACCAUUUGGUUCUCUCAUGGAGAUCUUCACCAGAGGAAUAUCAUUAUCGAUAGCCAUGAUCGCGUCGCCGCAAUCAUAGAUUGGGAGUGCUCGGGAUUUAGUAUUCCCGGUCGAGACUACUAUGAAGCACGGGCACGCGCGCGGGCUCGGGAUCCACGAUGGUCGGAUACAUUGGAUGAAGUGUUCACCAAGGAGGCGAAGCCAGAUUUUGGACUGCUGAAGGAGCUUGAUCAGGCAUUGAUACGAUACACAUGUAUAUGA